UCCUUCCCCCUCUUCCCGGCCAAGCUGCGGACGUGGUAGGGAUGGGGAGGUCGAGGCGGCCGGAGCGGCUCUUGUGGGUCGCUUGCCUGGCCCUGUGGGGCAGCACCUGCGCCUGGCUUCGAGGAGCUCAAGCGAAGACGGUCCAAGGGGGCUUCUCCAGCGCCGGUGCCAGGGCCGGGCAGGUGGUGGCCCAGUUCCAGUUCCAUGGUGAUUGUGCUCUUCUGUAUGUCAGAAUCCACAACGUAGCAACAGCUGUUGGGAAAGAAGCCAGGCUUCAUCUGUUUCAAGCUCAAGAAUGGCUGAAGCUGCAAGAGAAUCGCCCAAGUUACAGCUGUAAAGAAAAAUAUUCCAAGGCUCCAUUGAUACUGAAUAUGAACAGCACGGAACAAAAUCUGACGGUGUCCCAGAUUCCAUAUCCAGACACGUGGUACGUGUUUUAUGUCGACAAGUUUACCUGUGCGGAGAAUUAUGAAUACUCUAACUCGGAGGAUGUUCAGUUUGAAAUGGUAAUACUAAAUCCAGAUGCAGAAGGGAAUCCAUUAGAUCACUUUAGUGCAGGGGAAUCUGGCCUGCAUGAGUUCUUUUUCCUGCUGGUCCUGGCGUACUUUGUCGCUGCUUGCAUCUAUGCGCAAUCACUGUGGCAAACAAUAAACAAAGGAGGACCGAUGCACACGGUAUUAAAAGUCCUCUCUACCGUGUUGCUGUUGCAGGUUGCGUCGGCUUUUGCAAACUACUUGCAUUUUUCAAGAUAUGCUAAAAAUGGAGUAGGAGCACCUUUUAUGGGAAGCCUUGCUGAGCUGUGCGACAUAAUCUCUCAAAUGCAGAUGCUGUACCUACUACUGAGUUUGUGUAUGGGAUGGACAAUAGGCAGAAUGAAGAAAUCUCAGAGCAAACCUCUCCAGUGGGAUUCCACUCCAACAUCCACUGCCAUCGCUGUAAUAGUGGUUGCAAUGCAGUGUAUUUUGUUAAUCUGGGAGCAGUUUGAAGACACCAAUCACCACAGCUACCACUCACACCAGACUGUAGCAGGCGGACUUCUCAUUGGCUUGAGAAUUUGCCUAGCUUUAUCUCUAGGCUGUGGACUUUACCAGAUCAUCCGAACUGAGAGAAGCACACUUAAAAGGGAGUUCUAUAUUACCUUUACAAAGGGCUGCGUUCUGUGGUUUUUGUGUCACCCCUGUCUUGUAUCCAUAUCUCUAAUGUUUAGAGACUAUCAGAGAGAGAAGAUCAUUACCAUUGGCGUUCUCCUCUGCCAGUCGUUCUCCAUGGUCCUCCUGUACCGACUUUUUGUUUCCCACAGUCUGUAUUGGGAAGUGUCUUCUCUGUCAUCGGUGACAUUGCCCCUCACCGUAGCAUCUGGCCAUAAAAAUCGACAUCACUUCUGAGAUGCUUUGGGAAGGCUUAAUGACAAAGGUGCAAUAAAGACUUGGAGAUGGGGCAGCUCUUCUCAGCAGUAAAUCCUGGAGAAACCAGAUGUUCAUCCUAAGCAUUUUAUUGUUGGAUUGGGACAAGUAUACAUAAGAGAUGAAUUUUAUGAAAACUUGUGGUUAGCAAACACGUCUUUUGCUAACUUGCUUGAGAACAGAGAACCGAAACCAGUUCUCAGCCACAAUUAUUUUUCACUCCAAAACUGCCUCACUUUAAAAAAAAAUUAAGCUAGAUCCAAACUGUAGUGAUCACAGGCUUAAAUGUAGAAUAGUUUUGUAAUGAAUAUAUUGGUUUACAGUUGCUUUUUUCACUUACGUUUGAAACAAAGUGCAAUUUAUGCAUAGGUUUAAAAGAACUUGAAAACUUAGCCCCAGGAAACCAAUCUCAAAUGUUUACAGCAAACUGUAGCUCGCGUUAUUUGUGUAUGUUUUAGAAGCACUUUCUUGCCUUGAGAUUUGGAUGUUGUUCAAAUUUUAGCUUGAUCACCUCCAGCUUUUCCCAGCUUUUUACAUUCCACAUGUUUGAUAAAUGGUAAAAGAGCAUAUGGGCAAUGGAUGGGCUAACUACACAGGGUUUUGCUUUGCUUUUUUUUGGAAAAAAAUAGCAACAUUAAGGUUAUGAAAACAGCAGGCUUGCCUCUCUUAAAGUGAGGAAAGAAAAUGGGAUGUGUGAUGCGGUACUAGAAUUUUAAUCCUGAUAUAAUUCAUUACGCUUACAUUGAGGAUUCAGUCAUAAUUAAGCCAUAUACUCAGAUUAAAUUAACAGAAGCAUUUCAAAUAAAUGUUUCAGUCAUCAACUACCCAUGAAUUCCUGCCCAAGGAUACUUAAUCAGGAUUAAAUUUUCUAUGAAUAAUUGAGAAACAAAAUACUCGCUGGAUUUGUUAUAAUCCAUGUUGGCAUAAAGUUCUAAGUAGUUGCCAUCUACCACCCGUUGUAAUAGAACCGCGCUUUCGAAUGAAGCCUAGCAUUCUGAUGGCCAUUGGAAAUGUAUAGUUUAUUGAAGUGCCUAUUUAUUGACCAAGAUGAAAAUUGCAUGGACUUUUUUUUUUUUUUUGCUAUAUAAAAUAAGCAUUCCUGUUAAUUAACUGCUGGGUGUAUUUCAGUGUUGGGUUUGUUUGUUUUUUGCAAGUUUAAAAAGAAACCCCUUUGUGAUUGAUAUGUGGGAGGAAACAUGAAGCGAGUUUUCAGUUUUAAAAUAUGCUUUGUUCACAGUUGAUCUGGGCUGCAGGAUCAUGCCGGUGCCUAUGCUGUUUUUGUAGCAUCGUAGGAAACAGAAGUGAAAGCUGAUUGACUCAUGCUUAUUUGCUGUCCCGGCUUGCUUCGAGGCACUGCUCACUCAUGCCAUGCUGCUCCAGGUGCCAGAAGACAGGCGGAGGAGGAGGGUGUACAAGAUCCUGGUGCUACUUACUAUGUUUCCUUCCUUUCUUUAUAUCAUUACAGCACCAGCUACUAUAAAUGCGCGCUCCAAGCUCUUGCUCUAGAAGAAAUCUGGCAAGAGAGACGGAGGCCGCAAUCCUGAAACUGUACCAGCUUGAACAUAAUUUUAGGAAUGCAGUCUUUACAGUCUAGUCUCCAAAACUUUAUCAAGCUUCUAGUUCGUUAUAGAAAACUUCCAUUUCAUUUUAUAGGUGCUGCAGAUACUUGCUUUUGACUAGGCAAAUGGUACAGCACGACAGAUUUGUUCAUUAAAUAAUAUUUCUGGUACUCGUAAUUCAGGACAAAGAAUGGCAGGUUGGAGCUGAAAAGACUGAGAUUUAUAAUUCACACAACUAGCUAAAAUGAUAGCAAAUUUAAUUUUUGCAAGUCUCUGUUAAGCACCACAAAAUGUUGUUAAAGUUCUGCUUAUCUUUGCUAAUUUUGAGCAAAAAGUGCUUUGGGGUAUAAACAUGUAAUAGUAUAGAAUAUAAAUAAGGAUCUCCUGUCCUGUGACCCAUGUUUGUAUGACGUGAUAGCAGCCGGGCCGUUCAGGAGCUUGCAUUUAAAAAAGCGGCAUUUGCUCAGAAGAGUUGCACAAGAACAUACAGCUGAUUUGUAUUGUUUCAAGUAGGUUGUUGGUUUGCAAUAGAAGAGCAAAAUUGGAGUCCAUCUUAAAGACCAACAAGAUUUCGAGGGUAUAAGCACUGGAGAGUCAAGCUUCCUUCAGAUCUGAUGACGGGUGCUUGAGUCAUGGAACUUUGUACCCUGGAAAUCUAGCUGAUUUGUAUGUUACCCAUACUAUGAAUUUCCUGCAAUGAGACUUAUCAUGCUGUGCCAGUGACAUGAAACAUAGACGUCAUGUGGAAGGAGCAGGUAAAAUGGGUACUUUCCCUGCCAGUAUCACAGUUACCUAGUAUUCAGAUCCUCUGCCUAUCUCGUGUUUCAAAUGUCAGCAAGAUCAGAAUGGGACCCAACAAAAACCUAUCAGCCAUGCCCUUUGUUUUAUUCUUACCAGACAGUAUUUUAUACUGAUUGAGCGCCUGUGUUUUAGUAGAAUAAUAAAUACAUGGUUCAUUAUGA